CCCAGCAUCUUGGGCCAGAUGCUAAACAUUAUGAUGUUUGAGGCAUCUUUAAAUUAUGCUUUGAGGUUCUUCAAAGGGCACCACCAACAUGGCAAUACAGAACGCCAAAGAGUGCCAGUAUUUUGCUUUAUUCUAUUCUAUAAUAUAUGAAUGUGAUAUGCAACCUCACUGACAUCAGUCAGCAUUUAAUUGACAUCUAUAUUCGAUAGCUAGUGCUUUAAAUAUCACCAAAUAUCUAUUACCAGUUCAAAUCCGGAUUGUUUGUUAAAUUUGACUAUGGGUUACAAAAGUAGGCUCUCAACAGAUUUGUGCUGGUCAAAUCAAUGGUUAAACAGGAGAUCAUCAAUAAAUGAGACCGGAUGUGUACGCCUGUGUGUGUGCGCGCAUGUGAGAGUGCGUGCGCGUACGCGUAACGACGCGUCCCGUGGCUCACUUUCAGGUUCGGCGUCGGUGUGUCGCGGAAACCGAAAUACCCUCGUGAUCUAGUACGAUGCCUCUCGAGUGGAGAGGAGCGCGCGGCGUUGCAGUGGUUGGAGAGGUUUCAUCCGAGCAGAAUAUGCCAAAAGAGACUCCGUUAUCUCCUGCGGCUUCCCACGCCGCGCAGUGGAUACUUACAGCGGCACUUGAAGAAAGGAGUUCGCAAAAAUGAAGUUUGGUAAAAGCGUUUGUAUCAUAAAUGUGGGUGGCACCAAGUACGCUUUUCCAAAGGACGUAAUCAAGGAUUUCCCUUUGAGGAGAGUAAGUCGUCUCCACAGUUGCGCCUCGGAAAGAGAAGUCCUCGAAGUGUGCGAUGACUACGACCGAGAACGAAACGAGUUCUUUUUUGACAGACAUUCAGAAGCGUUCGGCUUCAUCAUGCUCUACGUGAAGUACGGAAAACUGCGCUUCGUCCCGCAUAUGUGUGAGCUGUCUUUUUAUAACGAGAUGAUUUACUGGGGCUUGGAAAGCUCUCAAUUGGAGUUCUGUUGCCAGCGGAGACUCGACGACCGCAUGUCCGACACGUACACUCACUUUACUGAGGAGGACCACGAUGAAUUUAGGGCGAGUGAUGAGGUGUCAAACCGGGCGGACGCAAAGCGGGAUUCAAAGUGGUUGGAGCGGAUGCGCAGGACUUUUGAGGAGCCCACCUCCUCUGUCGCCGCGCAAAUAUUGGCAUCAGUAUCAGUCGUUUUUGUCAUCGUGUCUAUGGUGUUACUUUGCGCCAGCACUCUUCCAGACUGGAAAACUGCCGAGAGUAACAUAGUAGAAGAGCACUGGUACACAGACUCUUUAGAGCAUCCAUCCGGAAUCAUUGAGGCGGUCUGCAUUGGCUGGUUCACGGCGGAGUGCAUCGUGCGCUUCAUAGUAUCACGGGACAAGUGUGAGUUUGUGCGACGUCCGCUCAACAUCAUAGACUUUCUGGCCAUCACACCCUAUUACAUCUCCGUCACCAUGACGGUUCUCACGGGCGAGAACUCUCAGCUGCAGAGGGCCGGCGUGACGUUGCGCGUACUGCGCAUGAUGCGAAUCUUUUGGGUCAUCAAGCUAGCGCGACAUUUCCUGGGCCUCCAGACUCUGGGGUUGACUUUGAGGCGCUGCUACCGUGAGAUGGUCAUGCUUCUGGUCUUUAUAUGCGUAGCCAUGGCCAUAUUUGGGGCGUUGGCGCAACUGCUGGAGCACGGCCUGGAUCUGGAGUCAGGGAACGAGGAUUACGCUAGCAUUCCUGGUGCCUGUUGGUGGGUUAUUAUCUCCAUGACGACUGUCGGCUAUGGAGACAUGUACCCCAUCACUGUGCCGGGACGUGUGCUUGGUGGCCUGUGUGUUGUAAGUGGUAUAGUGCUGUUGGCGCUUCCGAUCACCUUCAUCUACCACAGCUUCGUGCAGUGCUACCACGAACUCAAGUUCCGCUCCACUCGCUGCACCAGAAGCCUCUCCACUGAGUUUCUCAACUGACUGAGGUCUGCCUGGACACUCUCUCUUAGGUUUGGAAAUCUCAAAUCUGACAGAGUGAAUUCUUCCAUCUGGUGGAGAAGUUAAUACUUUUUUGGUGCCGUCUCCUGAGGCAUUUUCAUCAGCACAUUCAACAGUCAUCUUUAGAACAGUGCCGCUGAGUUUCAGUUCAGUGUGUGCUGUAUCUGUUACUCAAGGGGUUGGAGGAUGCUCCCAUGGUGAAGGUAACAUAGAGGCCAGAUGUCCUUGACAGGUACACACUGCUGGACGGCAGCUUUUAACGUCAAUCUGAUGCCUUGAAAAGAUUCCACAUCUUGGCUCAACAACCUCUCACUCAAAGUCUACGCGUAUAACCUAGAACAUGUGGCAUCCCGCCAAAGGAUUUAGCUUGGAAUGCCACUUAGGCAGUCCACAGUGUUGGCAAGCACGCGGGAGAGAAAUAAUUAAAUCAUCCUGUCACCCAGGGUGCUUUCUCUUUGAUGCCUUUAUUUAUUAUAAGCAAUGAAGUUUAAAGCUAUUCCAUUUUUCUUAGCAUUUAAAAUAUCGGGGGCAACCAAGCCUCUCUUUAUAAACAGCUAUAAUUAAGAAAAUCACAGAUGACUGACAAUAGAUACAGGAAUUUCUUAUCAGUCUGUUUUAUUUAUUCAGUACUCUUUCCAGUUUAAAUUGUUGUGUAGGACCCGAUUUAGUGUGACAGCAAACCUCCAGAGAUUGUGGGAGAGUAAGAGCAGGAACAAGAGAGGGAAAAAGAGAGAUUUACAAGGAUGAAGUGAGAGUUGUGUGGGCAGUUUACAUAGAUGGUGUAGAGCGGAACAUAACGGGUCAUGGAGAGAGAGUGCUGUCAUGGAGAGUUGGGUGCUGUGGAUGGCACCACGCAGAGCGUGUAGAGUUCUCUCAGAAACCUCUACCUGUCAAUGUCCUCUACUGCACUGCCUGUAUUCACAAUGGAGAGAGAGAGAAGCCUUGAGGCCUGUGCACAUCUGCUGGGAUUCACACAAAACUCUCUGUAAGGUCAGGAGCUCGUUCGUGAUACAGCAACCUCAAGGCUUUUUCUCCUUCCAUGGAGUCACCCAUGGCACCCAUUUCUCCCCGACCCACUGCUGUCUCUACCUUGUUGUGGCUCUUAUGUUCCUUAAUGCUCUUAUAGAUAGACAGACCCAAAAAAUGUAAUAUUGUGUCAUGAGAGGUCUUCUUAAAUGUCAUUAAAGGGUAACAACGUGUUAUGUGAUACCUAAUGUAAAUACUGUUAACUUACUAUUCAAACUUGAAGUCACAAGAACUCAAAAAGACCCUUUAUACUUUUCAAAUGAAUGUUAAAUCUUUGGUGCAUUUUAUUUUCAAUACAAAAUGUUGUAUUUUGCCUUUAUUAGAUCUUUCAUCAAAAUGCUCAAUGCUCAACAACUGACAUCACAACCCUCUUAUUUUAUUUUAUUUGUUUACAUAUUAGGUACACCAAUGUCACUUGUCACUUCAACUGUCACCAUUCUACAUGAUAUAAAAAUAUAUACAAUACAGUAGGCUAAGUCUAAAGUCUUUUCAAGUUUUUUGGGGGUUGUAAACAUGUAAUUUUUAAACACGUUUUUUUAUGGGAUUUUGUUGUUAAGGCUUUUCCUUUAGAGUGAUAAAGUACAUCCAUCUUGUCCCUUUUUAAGUCAAUUUGGUUUAUAUUGAACUGCAUAUCUCCAAGUGUGAUUCAAGACAGGGGCGACACAAUGCACUACAUAAAAUUCCCUUGCUUAAGACACUGUUCCUACAGUUUAACAAUAGCCUACUAGGGAAGGUAAACAUUUAUGUAUUUAAAAAUAUUUAAGUAUCUUCAACAUGCUUAACAAACUUUAUUAACAUGUUUUUUUUUCAAGAAUUUACAAUUACAAUAUUUCAAGAAACCAGUCAUUUUAUGGCUACAACUAAUAUAAAGAACAUAUAUUAUCUUUAAAAAACAAUAUUUUCUAAAGUCUAAACAAAGCUGGUUCAUUUUUUGAACCAACUGUACUGUGUUAAACUUUACUGCCUAUAACAGCACAUAGUUAUCUCAGCCAUAGUUACUGCCAACUUUUAUGUAGUGUCUUAAACUAGAACUAGUAAAUUAAAUAUUAAUUUCAUUUCUGAAAGUACACAACACAAAUGUUAUGACAAAGGAUUUCAUGAGACAUUUUCCUCUAAUGUCUGAGACAUGACUGGCUGGGGAUGUACAGUAGUUUGUUUAUCUCCCUCAAAUGCAUCAUCUCCUUUCUGCUUCCAUUUGCACAAACUGCUUCCUGCUUUGCACAAACAAAUUCGGAUGUCCAUCUACAGGGGCUAUUACUGAACGAGUCAAAAUAACAUUAUUGAUAUUAUUUAGAAACGUACUUUAGUUUCGUCAUGUUUUCAUAGCCUAAAGGGCCAUUCACAUUAUAAUGAUAACUAUGACGAUAACUAUAAAAAUAACAUUUUAAGAAUCGUUCUUAAUCCAGGAGAAUAGCGGGGUUCACAACGUAACUAUAACGAUAAAGAUACAGAGAACGAUAUCAUUGGGAAUACUUUCAGAACGACUUUUUCCCAGCUGAUGAAGGAUAAAACAUACUGUCAGACAUUUUCUGGCAGAUGUUUGACUAUUGAUGAUCGCAACGCGGCUUUUAUGUCAGAAUUAAAGACUGUAGUGGUCGGAAAGCGGUGUGUUUAUGGCGGGAUAUUAUAUAUGUAACGCUUAUGAGUCUUAUGUAUUACGGACGGACAUGAGUGCACCUUCAGCCUUCAGAGAAAGCAUCCGACCUUUGCUGUCAUAUUUUGGAGAAAAGACGUUCGGGAAUGAAAAUGAAAGCAUCAGCAGGUCAUCUACAUUCAUUUUAGUGACUGAGAACACUGCAGUGCGCAGGCUUAAAAUAAACAUAACGUUACUGUUAUCGUCUGCUGCUGUGGACGCAAAUAUAGUUAUACAGCUCCCAGGUAAAAUAAACUUUCUUCUUUUUCAAAAGAAGACUUUGUUCUGUUUCAAAAAUAAUUCCCUCUAUUUCUUCUCUGUAAUUACAACAUUCUCAUUAAUAAUCAUCUUUAUUCAUAUCAAUCACAACAACAGUUUAUUCAUAAUAAUCCGCAGCCACUGACUUCAGCACAGACCUUUGUGAAUUUAUGAUUGGAGGGUUGUGCGACUGGAAAUACAUGUGUUCCCUUUUGUGGUACACAGAGCAAAAAUGUGUCAGACUAAAAUGUGCAAAGAAUUCCCUUCUCAUUAAUUAAACCUCCUGAAGAGCUGUUCUCAAGUGAGGUUUGAGAUCACAAACUCUGCUGGCUCACACACAAUCACACACAACAACACAUAAUAAUUAAUGUGAAAAUUAAAUUGAUAAGUGAAACACAGAAAUUAAUUGUAGACUGCAGGUGUAUGCUGCUAAUUACUGCCUCUCAGACUUAUCCUCCUGCUUCUUUUUAUGUCCAACUUCAUUAAGCAUUCUAAACAAGAGGGAUCAUAUUUACUUCCCAUAAAAAGACAUCAAAGUGCUAAUGAAAAGCUCAGGAUGGCUAAAGGUCAUGAAACUAAAGGCCAUGAACAUGAGUUUAAUCUCUUAAACCAAUGGGUCUUUCAGUUUCUCAUGGGUUUGAAUGUAUUUAUCUCCAGUCACUCUAGUUCUCCGUAUUGAGGCAGUAAACCUACUAAGGAAAAUUUUAUCUGCUUUUUUGCUAUAAAAAUUGUAUGACACACUAUCCUGACACUGUUUAAUUAUACAGUAUAUUGCUCUCUGUGGAUAUGAAUAUGUUAAAAGUAUUUUCUGUUUAAAUAAACAUAAAGCAGUUGUUUUACUUUUUAUAUUUUAUUAUCAUUUUGUUUUAUGUAUUUUUUGCUUUGCAUUAUGUGCAUUAUGAUCAUAUUUAUAAGCAACUAUAAUGGCUUGGGCUUAAUCAAUACACAUGGUUUGAGCUUUUAUAUGGAUUUUUAUAACCCAGAAUUUAUUGUAGAAUUUUUUUUGUUUUGUUUGUUUUACUAGUAUGUUGUUAGCUUUCAAUGUCUUUUUUAAACAGAAAGUCUAUUUUGAAUAAAGUAGAAUGUGUCUUUGUAUAAAGUAAAGCAGGUCUUAACUAAAUUCAUGAAAACGGACAAAAAAUAAAUACUAAAUGUAAACAAUUGUCGUGGAUUGUAUUUUUUAUAAUAAAAAUUCACUGGGACUAUGUUUAGGUACUAUGGCUAAAAAAAGAAAAGACAUUAAGGUUAGUCAUAUUCACUUAAGACGUUAAAUUGCAUAUCUCUAAUUGUAGAUUGCAUAUUGUAAAUGCAAUCACGCAGUAUAAUUAAACUAACGUAUACAAUUAUAAGCUGUUCUUUUAAUUUUUUUUGCAAUACUGUACUUACAAUUGCAAGGAGCAUUGAGCAAACUAAACUUAAAGGCGUGUU